AUGAGCUUUCGUGUAUUCUCGUGUGCUGUCUGUGGUCGUCCCUUUUAUGAAUAUGAUGACCCAAAUCCUAAAACAUGGCUGAAAAAUUUCCGAAUUCUCUUCUCUGGCCCGAACGGAGUAAGCGUCUCUGGCGUCGGCCAGCACAAUGAGCUUUUUCUCGGUUACUUUUCUGCGCAUUGGGAAUAUACCACGAGAUGGGAUAAUCCAAAUACUGGAGCUUUAGAUGGCCCAAUAGGCGUGCUGACGCAGAGUCCUAUCAGUAACCGUCAUGGCUUUCUUUUCCACGAGGCCUGUUGGUCUCUGUUAGAGAAGAUUUAUCAACCUAAACCAAUUCCGUGGUCUCGACUGUACGACGUGUGCAAAUCGAUGCCAUUAUCAAAGCGAGGCGCUGUCAAUAUUAGCUGGGGCCAUGAUUACGGUGGCCUUCUUCUUUCGGACAAUGAGAGUUUUUACCCAUGGCAACGUAGGGUCUUUAACAUGUCAGUGGACCGGAAACUGCGCUUAUCUGCCAGCAUGGAUCCUAUGUGUGGUUCAAAUAUUGAACAACUUCUUCAUGAACAACCUCAGGGCAUACCAUUUAUGGAUAAGGAUCACCCUACGGCACAGGUCAAACGAUCGGUAGAUGUCUUCAGCAGGCUACCUCCAGAGAUCCGUGAUAUCAUUGCAUACUCGCUUUCCGUACGAGAUGCAGCUAACCUUCGACUAGCUUCAAGGUCAUUUUUUUCAGUUUUCGCAAACCAGCAAUUCUGGGCCUCCAGGUUCAGCCCAGAUUCAGAUCGUAGCUGGCUUUUUGAGCUAUGGAACAAAAGGGGAUAUAAAGCCUGGAGAUGGCUUUAUCGACGCACAGAUGAUGCUUGUUUAUCGCCUGCACUUCGGAAUAGGAAGAGAGUCUGGAAGCUGCUGGAACAUCUCCGAGAUAUUGUCGACCUACAAUGGAAGGAAAAUUCUCAGGCGUCGAUUUCUCAUGUUGAUAUCCCCGGUUUGAAGUAUCGGAAAAUCACUGCGGAUGUGAGACUGGAAACCCCCUCGGAUACCCGUCAUUACUUUGACGAAGGUUGCCGUCUUUUGCGUCAACAAAAUGUUACCAUUCCUCCACAACUCUCCCAAGUGGCAGUGUCCACUGUGCAGGUCGGCGACAUAGAUUAUGUCUCAGGUAUGCGAUUCGUAUCGUCUGAGGGUACUGUUACAGAAUUCGGGUAUUGGUCAGGGAAGAAAAUAUACUCUACAGACGUCACGAGCCUGGAAGGCUUCAACGUGGCAACAGGUACCAGAGGCAUCCAAGCGAUACAAAUUCUAGACGAAAAAGAGCAUACAUCUCAAUGGCUAGGUUCUCGGGAUGAAUGCCCAAAGACACGAUAUCUUGUGGUUUCUAAACCCAUCAGGACUAUCGAAGCCGGGUUCGAUGCAUGCAAAAUGAUCAGUCUUGCAGUUGAAUACGAAGACUUAGGACCUAUUGAUCGCUCGAUAGAACAGACAAAGUCAUUGAGAGACGUGGGAUACUGGUAUCCCGAGGUUCCUGGCCGCGACCUAUACCUAAACGAAUACUCAAAUGUGGUAGAUACCUGCUAUCCCGAUGAACAUCGGCCGUUAUGCUGGAUCUCCUUUGGUGGUCCGGGCGGUAUAUAUCUCAAAUAUGUGAAAGGAAUGACUAUAACUUUCCGCGGAGAUAUCCUACGUUGCGUAGAAUUCAUCUAUGAGGGAAUUGACAUCCCAAUACGGAAUCGCAGGGUCGGUCGCCGAGCACUGAGGGGUUACGACAAGGUUUUUUACUUCCCUAUCGACGGGCCAGGUGGAGAGAUUAUCGACGCUGUGGAGGUCAUGCUGGCAAACGUGGAUGAAAAUGAAGUGCAUGACUCUUUCAGGAACCCAGUUCUAAAGGCCUUCAGGGUUUUGACAAAUCGUGGGAGACGGCAUUUGCAGCCUCCAUUGAGUUUUGUAUACGAUGAACUGAAAGUCAUAAAGAUCGCUCCUGGAACCACCAUCACUGGAUUUUACGUUGGCCAGCAUCCUUCACUGGGUCUUACUAGUCUUGGUGUGAUAUCGGAGGUAGUCAAAAGAUGA